GACCAGAGAUCUAGAGUAAUACUACAAUGGAAGAAAUCAGUAAUUUCAAGACGCCAAGCAAAUUAUCUGAAAGAAAGAAAUCUGCGUUAUGUUCAACUCCAUGUAUAAAUAUUCCUGCCUCUCCAUUUAUGCAGAAGCUUGGCUUUGGUAUUGGCGUAAAUGUCUACCUUAUGAAAAAAUCUCCAAGAGGUUUGUCUCAUUCUCCUUGGGCUGUGAAAAAGAUUAAUCCUAGGUGUGCUGAUCAUCAUCAGAGUGUGUAUCAAAAAAGACUAACUGAUGAAGCAAAGAUUUUGAAGAGCCUUCAUCACCCAAACAUAGUAGGUUAUCAUGCUUUCACUGAAGCCAGUGAUGGAAGCCUGUGUCUCCCUAUGAUUUAUGGAGGAAAGUCUCUGAAUGACUUAAUAGAAGAACGAAAUAAAGAUGGCCAAGGUCCUUUUCCAGCAGCUGUGAUUUUAAAAGUUGCUUUGAACAUGGAAAGAGGGUUACAGUAUCUACAGCAAGAAAAGAAACUGCCUCAUGGAGACAUAAAGUCUUCAAAUGUUGUAAUUAAAGGUGAUUUUGAAACAAUUAAAAUCUGUGAUGUAGGAGACUCACUACCAUUACAUGAAAAUAUGACUGUGACUGACCCUGAGGCCUGUUAUAUUGACACUGAGCCUUGGAAACCCAAGGAAGCGUUGGAGGAGAAUGGUGUUAUCACCAAUAAGGCAGACAUAUUUGCUUUUGGCCUCACUCUGUGGGAAAUGCUGACUUUGCCAAUUCCACACAUUAAUCUUCCAGAUGAAGAUGACGAUGAAGAUAAAACUUUUGAUGAGAGUGACUUUGAUGAUGAAGCAUACUACGCAGCUUUGGGAACUCAGCCCCCUAUUAACAUGGAAGAACUGGAUGAAUCGUACCAGAAGGUAAUUGAACUGUUCUCCGUGUGCACAAAUGAAGACCCUAAAGACCGUCCAUCAGCCGCACACAUUGUUGAAGCUUUGGAGAUGGACAGCCCGUAAUUCCCUCGGGUCACAGACCUCCACUUCAAGUCUGGCUAGUUUAGAGAACUGUUC